AUGUACGGUUUAACGAAGCUAGGCACUGUGCUCACUAUAGUAUUUUCAGUCUCUCUUUUGGCGUUAUUAGCCAAUCUUCUUUAUGUUUUAUGGCGGAAGCAAGUUUUCCGGCGACGGAACAGCCCUGAUAUACCUCCAGGGGACCCGUUUUACAAAUUUUCGUCAUCGAAGGAGCAGCUUCUGUACUUUUUCUGCUUGAAGAACCAGUCCCGGAUCGAACCCGCGGGAAACCCAACGGUUUCGGACCCGCCAGAGUCGGCGGCAGUGGUGGUGGCGGUUGACGAUGAUGACGUGGCGAAUUGGCAGCUGGGGAUGUACGGACCGUCGAGGGUUUUGUUCACUAUUAGAGAAGAAGAGAGAGAAGGGACCGAGACGUCCGAAGCUGAGAAUGAUCAGAGAGCGAAGAGCAAAACGGUGCGUUUAGAGGGUGAGAGUGGUGCGGUUGUGGUAAAAGUGGCAGAUGUUGGUGUUGAUUAUGACGAUCCGACGCCGUUUUCCACUCCGUGUGCUUCGACUCCGUACUUCACACCUUCGCCGUCUCCCACUCACGUUAAGUACUCACCGGAAAACGACAUGUCGUUUCUUAGUGUAGCAGUCUGUAGCGAGUAG